CCCGGCCUCCAGCAGCUUCCAGAAGGGCCCGAGCGCUGCGGCCGCGCGCACCCGCGGAGGGGCCGGGCCGUGGCCGCGCGGCGCUGGUGGCGCAGUCGGAAUUGCCGCCGCCGCGGGGCCCAGCCGGCAGCGGGGUGCGCAGGGGCGGGGCGGCGGCGGGGGGGUGAUGCCCUUGUUUAUUUUUACCCGGGCGGCUCAUCCUCCCCGGCAGCCCCAGCGCGGCCCCCGCCGCCGCUCCCCGCCCCGGCUUCGACGGCGCCGCCUAUAAAGCGCCGCCCGCGGGGAGCCGAGGAUGCAGCUCUACAGCUCCGUGAUCACCCACUAUCCGGCGGGCGGGACGGCCACCGCCGCAUCAGCCGCGGCCCCGCCGAGCUCCGCCGGUGUCUUCAAGGUCUCCCUGUCGCCAGGACCCUCCUCCCCGGAGGCACCGAGCGCCGCCGACGCCGCGGGCCCAAGCCCGGCCGCCGAGAGCUCCGCCAAGGACGGCUUUAUUCCCGUGGGGGGAAGCAGCAGCAGCAGCGCCGCCAUGCCCGCCUUCUCCUCCUGCCUGGAGGUGAUGCCGAGCGGCCCCGCGGCGGGCCCCGGCAGCCGGCCGGCGGCUGUCCCGCAGUACAGCCCGUGCGCGCAGGUCACCGUCAGCCGCCGCCGGCCGCUGGAACGGAUCGUUCCCAUCCGCAUCGUGCAGCGAGCCGAGGCCCCCGGCGAGCUGGUGCCGGCCUCGCCGCGCAGCCGCGCCUGGCUGGAGGGCAUCCUGGAGAGCAUGCGGCAGGCCGGGGGGGACGGCGAGGCCGCCGCCCUGCCGCCGCCCGCCGAGGAGCCCAGCAACCGCAGCCUGCGCCUCAGCGAGCACUGCCAGGCGCUGCAGGCGGCGGCCGCCGGCGCCCAGCCCGGGCUGGUCCCCGGCUAUCGCCCCGCGGAGAGGAGCGGCAGCCAGGCGCAGCCCGCCGCCGGCCCCUCGCCCGGGGAGGAGGAGGAGGAGGGCCCCGAUGCGCGCAGGGGGCCAGGCGGCAGGCCGGAGCGCAGCGAGAAGCUGGCGCUGUACCUGGCCGAGGUGGAGAAGCAGGACAAGUACCUGCGGCAGAAGGGCCGGUUCCGCUUCCACAUCAUCCCCGACGGGAACUGCCUCUACCGUGCUGUCUGCAAGGCCGUGUACGGGGACCAGCGGCUGCACAGCGAGCUCCGUGAGCAGACCGUGCACUACAUCGCUGACCACCUGGACCACUUCAACCCUAUCAUCGAGGGCGACGUGGGAGAGUUCCUCAUCGGUGCCGCCCAGGACGGGGCCUGGGCUGGCUACCCGGAGCUGCUGGCCAUGGGCCAGAUGCUGAAUGUGAACAUCCACCUCACCACGGGCGGUCGGCCCGAGAGCCCCACCGUUUCCACCAUGGUUCACUACCUGGGGCCUGAGGACCCGACACGGCCCAGUAUCUGGCUGAGCUGGCUUAGCAAUGGGCACUACGAUGCUGUGCUGGACCGCGUGUGCCCCAACCCAGAGUACGAGGCGUGGUGCAGACAGACUCAGGUACAGCGCAGACGGGAUGAGGAGCUGGCCAAGUCCAUGGCGGUGUCCUUGUCCAAGAUGUACAUUGAGCAGAAUGCCUGCUCUUGAGACCACCUGGGCUGCAGGCUGGGAGCUUUGCUGCAGGGACCGGGACAGACAGAAGGUGUGCUGGCUGUGAUGGUGAUGCCUUAAUCCUUAAUGAAGCAGCAGCACCCCAGACUAAGAUGGACUGUAGAUUGUGGGGGAUAAAUCCAAACGUGUUUGUAGUAUUCUGUUGUAAAAACUUAGCCUCGGAUUAUUUGCAAGCAGAUUCUCCGUGUAUGUUUGUGUCUCCCCUCCCCGCUGUCUAUUUUCUAUAAGAAUGUAUUUUUUGCACAAUAUUUUUAAACUGUUACCUCCAUCUUCUACAUCUUACAUUAGUAUCUGGCUUUCAGCUGUACAGCCAAAAAAAGUUUGUAAACAGUUUUUGUAAAUAAGGCUUAUGAUGUAACAGCUAUUUUUUUGCUGUGUUUUUUACCCAUAAACCUUAUAUUUUUACCAAAUGAAGUUGAUGUCAAACUAACCCUCCCUAAUUGAUGAAAGCAUCGUGGGUAUUUUCUUGCAAAUCUAAAACAAUGUUUUUUGUAAAAGUGCAGCAAAGUAUGAACAGACUGCUUUUCAAAACAUUUGCUUUCUCUGCCUGGAGCACAGAACAGGUCCUUUGAGCCAGUUGGAAUGCAGCUACACAUGAACAGUACAGGGAGCAAUUGACUCUUCUGUAUUUAAUUACUGUUUUGAGUAAACUGGCCUCUUGUUGCCUGGUUGGCUCACCCUCUGCUCCAUUUAUAUUAUUUAUCUGUAAUAACAGAACAUUAACUUGCAAUAGAAUGUUGUGACUAGAUAAUAGUCUCCUGCUUUGGCAAUAAUUGCCUUGGCUGCACCUCGGUGUUUGUGUUCUUGUUUCUGGGUUAUGGUGUCUUUUGUAUAAGCCCUGCUUCUUUUUUGGCACUGGUGUUGCACCAACAAAUCAUUAUCUGAUCACAAGACUUUAUUCACUUGACAUUAUUUUCUAAUCAAGAAAUCAGGAAUGGUAUUCUACAUUAUGGUUUAAAAGAAAAAAGUAUUUAAAUUGAGAUUUGUAUGGUUUGCUGGGUCAAACAUUUAAAUGUUUCCAAUCUGAAUUCUGUCUCUUCUACUUCGAUUAACUUGUUAGAGAUAUUUAUUAAGUAAUGCAGUUUGUACUUUUUUAUUUUGUAAUAUAUUGUGAUUUUUGGAAUUUAUACUGUAUUUGUAUAAUAGGAAUAUUCACAGCUAAAAU